ACCGACUGGAGCGCAGUCACAGGGCUGACGGCAGUCGAGCAAGUUUACGCCGUGUAACUGGUUGCGUUAACUUGGUGUACACACAAUAAGGGGCAUGGCACCAGCACAGCUGUUUUCCAAAAACAUUUUGUGAAGUCCGAACCAAAAGUGAAAGUUUUUCUUCGUUCGCCGUGUAGCGGCUUAUUUAGCCGACAACCAGAGUGUGUAGUUAAAUCGAACAUAUAGCAGUAACGUUUUUAAUCCAGUAAUUUUCUCAUUUCUGUCAAGGGUUAAGCUUUGCUUUUCAACAAGGCUUUCAAACUGGAGAUGAAUGGAGCUCUUCGAUUCUUUGCCAUUGCUUUUUUACUGGCACUUUGCUACCAUUGGCUUGGUGAUGAUGACUGGACAGAUAUGGAAGAGGAUACCGAUGAGACCCAGGAAGAUUUAAUCAACAAGUUCUCUCAGAGUUUUCAUCGAAAAUCAGGGGAUCAGGUUGUGAAAGGAGAAAAUGGCAAAUUUAAGGCAGAUCUUGAAGAGUUACACUCCAGGCAAAUCUUGAUUGAAGAGAUCCGUCACUCAUGUCUUCCCAGAUUGGUGUGUGAGUUAUUUGCCAUGGAAGAUAAAUCCUCUUUGACUGAUUCUGAGCUGUCCUUGAUGUCACUGAUAAGUCAAACCAGCCUUGGAACAAGAGCAAGUUCAACAUCCAACUACCAUUUUGCUGCCCAUAUGGGCCAGCUUCUGGUUGGAAUUGAUGGAAAUAGUUGUCAACAUUUUUACCCUACCUGUCCAAUAUCAGGACAGCAAGCUUUAGCAUUGGCUAGAAAGAUCAAAGUUCGUUAGAUUGUAAACAAAGCUGACUAUUGGAUAUUUAGUACCUCAUGAACGAGACUACGCACGAACUCGUAUUUAUAUAACAAAUAGUGAAAUGUGUUAUUAUAAUAUGUGGUAAUUUCACUUAUCUCCGCGCCAACUUCUUGCGCUUCUUUCCGUCCGUUUCAAUUCAUGGCUGGCGUGUGAGUUUGUGUAUCAAAUAUCCAUUUGCAAACUCAUGUCUAGUCAGUUGUUCUAAACUAUGAUUAUGGUUGAAAAAAAAAUUAAAAGAAAAAUCCUUUAUUUUGGUUGAGGAACUAGAGGUGUGUUCUCUUUUGCUUUACAUUGUAGAGAUUACUGCUGUGAAUAGGGAAAUGUUUUGGA